AUAUACUGCUAGGUUACACACGCUAUCACUUUGUGUCAGGGUGUUGAGGUGGCGUGUCGGUACAGUUAAUCAUCAUGAUGUAUGCCGUUAUCCUCUUACUGUCGUCAUGGAUUUCCCUUUCAGCAGCCAUAUUACCAGGGUUUAUACAGAAUCACAUUGGUAAACGGCCGCAACAAGGGUCCGUGUUUCCCAUGAAGAGUUUCCUACAGAGGGAACCAGUGACUCCACCACCAUCAGGGUCUAUCUUUGACGUGAAAAGUCACCAGACGCCAGCACCACCAAGUACAGGGUCUGUGUUUCCUAUGAAGAGUUUCCUACAGAGGGAACAAGUGAAUCAACCAUCACAAGGAUCUAUCUUUGACGUGAAGAGUCGUCAAUUGUUGGACUCUGUGACGCCACAACCACAAGGUACAGGGAUACUUGGUAACAUCGGAUUAGCGCCAAAGCCAGCAAUAACUCAGCCGCCACCGUCAGGUAGACAGGAGAAACAAGUGGGUGACUGGUUCCUUGUGUUUAGGGCUCGAGCAGGGAACACCCGUUCCGUGGUGUUUUCGUACAUUCACCCAUUUGGUACCAACGAAGACAACGCUCUCCCUGGAUGUUUAUCAACUAGUCCUUCCGCUAAGUGUAACGGUAACUACCGCCACAGCACCAUUGAUAAGUGGAGGUCAAUCGGCGUUAAGAGGGUGAAACUUGAAUUAUAUAAGGGCACCACCCCAGUUGCCUUUAUCAUAUUCAAUGGAACCAACACCCAGUCGACGAGUUGGUUUGACAGGAAAAAGAUAUUGUCAUCUUCCUGGACGGACAUUAAGAGAAGGGGUGCUACCGACUUGAAUUUCUUUGGUCGCAAAAAUGACGGUGUGAAUCGGCGUCUCAUGAUCAACAAGGCCACAAGUUCUUGUAAAGAUGAUGAGGGUUGGUUGAUUGUUGUUGAGGACAAUGGAGAAUGCCCAUAUGAUAAAAAUGCAAAAUACCCAAUCUUCCUCUAUUCCGACGGCUCUAGAGCUACCCUUUAUGAGGACUAUGGAAAACAAGCAGAAGUGCUGGCCAUUUAUGUGGAUGCUGAAAACCUGAAUUUGGAAUACUAGAGCAAAGAACGGAUUUGUGCCCUCAAUACCUAAAGGGUGAUGACGCCAACAGCUUGGUGCCUAAUUUCAAGAAAAAUGAUUUUAAAUGUUGUGAGAUUUUUCUAAGAAAUAAAAAUAGUCUCCUGGAACUUCAUAUACGACGAUCACACAAAACGACGAUCUUUUGCUUAUUUACAAUAAAAUGAUGUGUUGUACUUACAUUUAAA